AUGACCAGGACUGCGUACUCUACGCCCGCAAGCAUGACUACCUCCUGGCUUCUGAGGCUGGUCGCUCGCGCUUCACUUUCCGCCGCAUUGACCGAUGAGGAGAAGGCAGAGAAGACCCUCCACGAGUCCAUCGCAGCGGCCUCCAUCGUACGAGCCACGGGUUCGUACAGCAACGCCUCCAACUGUGUCUGGCCGGAGUGUGCGCCCGUCUGUGAGGACUGUGGCAGCAAGGGUGUCGGCUCUUGCAUGAUUCCGGGAGCUCAGAUGUGUCCGUGGUCCGCCAAGUGCACGCUCGGCAGCUGCUUCUGUCGCAAAGGCUACUGCGCUCGAGGGCAGGAGUGCAAGUUUCGCACCUGUCAACUGGGAGCUCGGCCGCCAAAGCAUGCGGUCAGCAACAGUGCGCGGCGACUGGCAGAGUUUGGGCCAGAGCUGCCGUACAACGCGACGGCAGAGGAGUGGCACGAAUUCGUUGUCGGCUCUACGAAAUGGCCCUUCCUGCUCCUCUUAGCUGGGGUGGUGGUGGGGCUCCUCACGUGCGGCUGUAUCUGUGGGCACUGCGCCUGGGAGCCCAGCUGUAUGCCCACGUCUCCCAUUAUCCUUCUGGUCCUUUGCAUCCUUACCGUGGGGUUCAUCACCUUCGGCGUCGUGUCACGGGCCGCGGUGGUCAGCCAUUCCUUUGACUUGAUCGGCCAACAGCUUCGCCGUGUCCAGAAGAGCAUCGUGAGUGCUAAGAACCUGGCGAAAGAUUUGGAGGACAUGGCGUCGCAAUUUCAGGCUGUUGUCGAUGACCUCCCACACACCUGCAAUGCGAUGGUCCCUGGCGCGAAGGAAAUGAUGGCAAUGGCCUCCGACAAGGCCAAAGAGAAGUUGCUGGAGAUGAGCGAGAAGGUUGAAGCAUUCUCCAACGUGGCGAAUGCCGCUGACUUCUCAAUGAGCACCGCCCUGUCACAGGAGUGGACGAUGAAGAUGCUCGUUGUGAUCGGCCCCAUGGUGCCGCUAGUUCUCAUGGCCCUGUGGACCCUGGGUGUUGCGAUCGCCACGAUCGUCUCCUGGCUGAGUUCGAACCCGAAGAUCGCGAAGCGCGCCGACGAUCUGGUCAUCGAGUGCGCAGCACCCUGUACCUGUUGCUUGAUGAUGCUGGCGGUGCUGCUGGCGUCCUCGUACCUCUGGGUGGGGAUCCUCGUGGGUGGAGUCUGCCUGAACUUGGAUGGCAACGCAGUGAGCUUGAUCCACACAGUGAAUUUCACGGAGCUGUCGCAUUUCAAGUUCCACAUCGACCCGGUCCUGGAAGGCUCGACGAGAUACUACAUCGAGGGCAGCCAGGAGAAUCCCAUGAUAUCCAUGAUUGAGGACGUGGAGCGAGAUGCAACAGCGCUCUAUACCGUCUACACCAAUGCGACGUGGGCAACGACCCCUGCCGAGAUGGUGUGCGAUGGCGUCCGGAACCUCAAUGCAUCGGAAGCACUAACAGCCUGCACAAGGUCUGUCGGCUUUGCCUCAGAGCUGAUGUCUGCUAGUAACAUCUACCCGUACUACGAGACACUGGGCCAUGACCUGAUGUGCGACACGAUGCUCCAUGGGAUGACUCUUCUGGUUUUCUACUCGGCGGUGGUAAGCAUCGUCCUGAUGCCCCUCGUCGCCAUCUGCGCGGACGUAGAUCUGAGGAAAUGGGAGGCCUACAAGGAGGCUAACUACGAGAAUCACUACGAUAUCUCGCACGAGAUGCAGGAAAAGUUUCCUUUCCUGGGCAACCUGCACCCUCUCUCGCUCUCGCAGCAGAGCACACCGCGAGGCACGCCACUGCCAUCCCCGCAUGGUGGAUGGCAGCAGAUGCCCCAAAUGCCCUGGCAACACUGA